GGAAACUACCGCGGAAGGGGAGGAGGUCGCGGCGGCGGUGGUGGCGGUGGUGAUCGAGGCGGUGCCCAGGGCUCGGGCGGCGACCGGGAGAGGCCCAAGAAGGAGAAUAUCCUCGACUUGUCAAAGUAUAUGGACAAGCAGAUUACCGUCAAGUUCAACGGCGGGCGCGAAGUCACCGGAACGUUGAAGGGAUACGAUGCGCUGAUGAACCUGGUGCUGGAUGAGGUCCAGGAAGUCAUGAGAGACGAAGAAGAAAACGAAACAACCAGGUCCCUAGGCCUUAUCGUCGCCCGCGGAACCCUGCUCGUCCUCGUCAGCCCCGUCGACGGAAGCGAGCCCAUAGCAAACCCGUUUGCGCAGCCCGAGGAGGAAUGAUUUGGGCGUGUGGAAAGAUGGUCAGGGGUUCGUUAGAUUUUCUGUUUGGAAAAUUCCCAACUCCAUUUUUAUGAGGGGAGAGGGGACCGCGCUCUUACAGAACGCUCUAUCAACGAGGCAUCAGAGCUGGACGGUUGAUGCGCGACCUGGCGGGGAUGUAUGGGCAACGCGAGAUCGCAGCCCCUUUCUUGCAGGCUGUGUGCGUACAUCGGCAGGAGGACAUGAAUUGAUAAUGGCAUAUCACAAGUUCCCAGAUAGAAAAACCGGAAAAAAAGAAAGGGGUGGGAAGGUAUGGCGCAAAUACCAUGACGACAGCGGGGACGGCAGGGCUCAUUGCACCCCGGAUAUAUUCCCUGAACUCAUCCUGCACGAACAAAAUAAAUGAAAAAGAGAUUU